AUGAAUAAUGAGCCCUUCAGCUUCAACGCAAACGCCCCGUCGUACUACCCCGGAAUGGCCUACCAGGGAGGCGCCCCAGAGAGCCAAGAAGAAAAUGACGCGGACAAGGGUUCUUCCUGCCCGGAUACGGAGAACACAGAAGACCCAACUGUGAAUGACGUACAGGAGCAAUUAAAAAAAAUGACAAUAACUGAUGAGCAUCCAGUGGAGAACUACGAAGAGGGUAGCCCCAUCGAUCUAUAUAAAAAAGACCCAGUAGAGGAGGAUUCUCAAGGAGAAAAAGCCGGACAAAUAAAAAGCAAUUUGAUUCAAGUUGAUCCCAGACUUCACUUAAAUAUCAUUUUUAUUGGACACGUGGAUGCAGGCAAGUCAACCGCCUGUGGAAACAUCCUUUACAUUCUCGGAUACGUGGAUGAUAGGACCAUAGAAAAGUAUGAGCGAGAGGCCAAGGAGAAGAAUAGGGAAAGCUGGUUUCUGGCGUUCAUUAUGGAUAUUAACGAAGAAGAGAGACAGAAGGGUAAAACGGUGGAAGUGGGUAGAGCCCACUUUGAGACCAAGGACAGGAGAUUUACCAUUUUGGAUGCCCCGGGACAUAAGAACUUUAUUCCCAAUAUGAUUAGUGGUGCUGCGCAGGCGGACAUCGGUGUGCUGAUCAUUUCCGCUCGCAAGGGAGAGUUCGAGACGGGCUUCGAGCGGGGAGGCCAGACCCGCGAGCACACGCUGCUGGCGAGGACGCUAGGAAUUAACCAACUCAUCGUGGCCAUCAACAAGAUGGACGAUCCCACGUGCAACUGGAGCAAAGCACGCUACGACGAAAUAGAAAAGAAAAUAACCCCCUUUAUAAAAUCCUGUGGGUACAACAUCAACAAGGAUGUCUUCUUCGUUCCCAUCUCGGGACUCACCGGACAGAAUCUCUCCGAACAUGUCUCCGAUCAGAACUCCAAGAUAUAUGAUGCAAGGGCUAGUUGGUAUGAUACAUCUAAGCCAACCUUGUUUCAAAUUCUAAACACGUUGUCCCCCCCUCCUUGGGAUGAGAAGGGACCUCUAAGAAUCCCCCUCCUAGAAGGAUACAAAGACAACGGGAUCAUAGCCGUUGGAAAAAUCGAAUCAGGAACCUUGUACGGAAAUAAUAUGAGCUGCACCUUGAUGCCAAAUAAGCUGAAAGUCAAAGUGCUGAAUGUAUAUUUGGAGGAGGAUGAAGUUCCCUAUGCCAAGCCCGGAGAAAAUGUUCGCGUGAAGCUAUUAGGUGUAGAAGAGGACCAGAUAAGCAAAGGUUUCGUCCUGUGUGAUUCGUUAAACCUCUGCUCCGUUGUUACUGAGUUCAUCGGACGAGUAGCCAUUGUGGAAUUAUUAGAACACAAGCCAAUCAUCACAGCUGGAUACUUCUGCAUCUUCCAUGCCCAUACCACUUGUGAGGAAAUUCAAUUUCUUGACAUGCUCGAAGUUAUAGAUAAGAAAACGAAAAAGAAAAAAAUAAAACCCAAAUUUAUUAAAAAUGACUGCAUCGUCACUGCCCACUUUUUGCUCUCCAAUCCGGUGUGCAUAGAAGUGUAUGACAAACUUCCGCAGUUGGGGAGAUUUACUCUGCGGGAUCAAGGUAAAACGAUAGCGAUAGGGAAGAUACUGGAGCUGAAGGCGUGA